AUGGCCAGAAACGAUGGAGCGUUUGGGAAUCGAGUUUGGACCCCUGAAGAAGUUAUUAAUGCUGCUUCUGCAGCCUAUGAAGAAUUUUCCAUAGUGGGAAGAAUCUCAAAGCAUAUCCAAUCCAACCAUAUUCACUCCAGGAAUCUUUCUGUGCCCAUUUGGAAGCCGCCGGCUCAUCCUUUCCUCAAACUAAACUGUGACGCUUCAGCAAAGACUAAGUGUCUCAACAAAGGUGUAGGCUUCAUCAUUCGCAUGCCUGAUGGUAACCCCAUCUUUGCCAAAUCUGAGGUGACUCAGUUCUCCGAUAUUACUGAAGGAGAAGCUUUGGCAAUUAGGAGUGGUCUUUUAGAAGCUUUGGCAAUGGGAGUGGAGUUCCUCGAAGUAGAGUCCGAUAGCAAAGGUGUUGUGGAGCUGAUUCUCAAUCCUGGAAGGCUCGGUUCGCUUGAAGUCCAGCCUAUUAUCUAA